AUGGAGAGAGUGAGUAAAAGAUAUAGUACAGUGACUUUAUAUUUAUCAAUGGCAUCUCAUGAAAAUGAGAAUGUCGAUGAUGAACUAAGUCAAGCUCAAAAAUACCUAAGACAGCUGAAGUUACGUAUCUCUGAGCAAUCUAAGAAAAAUUUUAUUCUUGAACGUGACGUUCGUUAUAUUGAUUCUCGUAUUGCUCUUUUAAUACAAAAUCGUAUGGCAUUAGAUGAGCAAAAUGAAAUGGUUAGACAUCUUGAUGAUUCUUCAGAGCUUCAAAAAGGUGUAUUCCCUGAUGAUCGGAAAUUGCAAAAAUAUGGGAAUUUGUUCUUUCUUCUUCAAACAGAACCUCGUCACAUAGCAACCCUAUGUAGACUUGUUACUCUUUCCGAGAUCGAUGCACUUCUUCAGACAGUUAUGUUUACUAUUUAUGGAAAUCAAUAUGAAAGUCGCGAAGAACAUCUUCUCCUUACGAUGUUUCAGUCAGUACUUUCUUCUCAAUUUGAUCAUACUACUGAAUUUGUUUCUCUUCUUCGAUCUAAUACACCUAUUUCACGUAUGAUGACAACCUAUACGCGCCGUGGUCCUGGACAAUCAUAUCUUAAAUCUAUUCUUUCUGAGCGCAUUAAAUAUCUUUACGAACAUAACGAGUUUAACUUAGAAAUUAAUUCUUUAAAAGUUUAUGAUCAGAUGAUUCAGAAAAUUGAGUCUGAGACUGGCCAUCUUCCUGGAAAUCUUGAGCGCAAUGUAUCAUAUGAAACUGCUGCCGCUAAUGAGGCUGUUAUUGCUAUUAUUGAGCCUCGUAUAGCUAUGCUUAUGGAAAUUGCUGAUUCUUUUUUAAAUGUUAUUAUUGGUUCUAUCGAUAUUGUCCCGUAUGGUAUACGUUGGAUUUGCAAACAGAUUCGCAAUCUUACUAAGCGUAAAUAUCCUGAUGCUUCCGAUUAUUCUAUAUGUUCUCUUAUAGGCGGUUUCUUUUUUUUACGAUAUAUAAAUCCGGCUAUUGUUACACCACAUGCAUAUAUGAUUAUUGAUGGUUCUCCAGGAGAACAUCUUCGACGGACGCUAACUCUUGUUGCAAAAAUGCUUCAAAGUCUUUCAAAUAAAUCUAGUUAUUCUAAGGAACCAUAUAUGGCAUUUUUAUCAUCUUUUAUUGAUUUGAAUAAACCACGAGUAAAUAAGUUUUUAAAUGAUCUUUGUGAAGUAAGUGAUUUUUAUGAGACUUUAGAGAUGGAUCAAUAUGUUGCACUUUCGAAGGGGUUGUUUUUGCAUAUUACUGUUAAUGAAAUGUAUGGCACUCAUAGUCUUUUAGAAAAGCAUCUUGAUAUUUUGGCGCCUGAACCAGAUUCUCAUUUACGGAUUUUAAUAAAUAAAUUAGGAUCUGCUCCACCUUUGUUGUCUAGAUCUGAAAAUAGGACUAUUGAGUUACCUUUAUAUAGUAAAUGGGGGAAUUUUAUUACGAAUUUAAAUGAAUCAUUAGAUAUUAAUCGGACAGAUAUUCUUUUUAUUGAGGCAAAGUCCGUUUUCGUUCAAAUUAUUCGGUCAUUUCCUCAGAAUUCUAAAAUUAUUAAGCUUCCUUUAAAUUUAUUAUUAAUAGCAAGUACUGCGGCUACAUUUAAAGAUGCUCUUUUAGUACGCAAAGGAAUAAAGGCUAUAGAAUAUCUUAAGGAAUUAUCAGAAUUGAAACUUAUUGAUCCUAACGAUUUUUACAAUCCUCUUGCUGAAGAGGUGGAACAUGAAAUUGCUCAUCUUGGGUCUUUAUAUGAGGAGGUUUUGCGUGAAACGGAAUCAUUGGAAUCUGUCUAUAAAACAAUAGAGGACCAUAAUGAGUAUUUGCGUGGUCAGUUGGAACAAUAUAAAUCAUAUCUGCAUAAUGUACGAAUACAUUCCGGACGUAAUGAAAGUAAAAUUGGCGUAAUGGGUGGUGUUGGUGUUGUUUCUUUAGGUGGGAAAGAAAAAAAACAAAAGAAGCAACAAGUAUUAGGACCAUAUAAAUAUACGCAUUUUCAGCUUGAGAAGGAAUUGGUUAUAGCAGAAAGUAAUGUUCCUGACGAUAGAAGAGCAAAUAUUUAUUUUACUAUUAUGUCUCCUCUUCCAGGAACGUUUGUUAUUUCUUUACAUUAUAAAGGGCGAGAUAGAGGACUAUUAGAAUUGAAUUUAAAACUGGAUGAUCUUCUUGAAAUGCAGCAGAGCAAUGUGCAAUAUUUGGAUCUUGAGUACGUUCAAUUUAAUGUGUCAAAAAUAUUACAAUUGGUAAAUCGACAGUUUUCUAGAAAGAAAUGA